AUGCCCCCAAUGAGCCUUCACUACCCACCCCCUCCACCGCGCGACGGGCUGACAGAACGCGAGCAGGGCCAGGUGGCCCAGCUGUUCAUGAACAACGACAUCCCCUAUGUCUACUUGCUGGCCCCCAGCAUCGAUUCCAGGGACCCUGACUACAACACAAGCAGCUGGGUCAUCCCGGACAACCACUUCAACCGCGCCGUCCAGCUCCUCAAGCAGAAAUUCAAAUUGCCCUCCUGCAAACUCCGGCGGGAUUGUGCCGUCCGCGACAAGCAGUUCCUGCGCCCACUCGCCGACUACCACUUCCACUCUACCAAGUACCCCACCGUCGACCAAAUGGACGCCCUGCCAAUCUCCACCUCGCUCGACCUAUACAAGAAGUCGUCGCUGCUGUGGAUGUACCCGGAUCCGCCCAUCGGUGCGGUCGUCGCGCGCGACUCCUACUACAUGGCGCGGAGAUUCCCCAAGCCGGGGCUGCGCAGCUACCUGCCCCUGGCCGAGAAGCUGCCCGUCACGGUCCUGACCUUCCCCAAGUACGUCGAGGCCUUCAUCAUGCUGGCCUGCCGCGACUCCGCCGGGUACUGGUCGUUCAAAUUCUGGAUCGACUUCUUGUUGUUCCUCCGCCGGUACGAGCAAGGCUCCCGCCAGCGCGACCCCUCGCUCGCCCAAUACGCCGACAACCAGUACCCGCUCUGGCGCAUGGAGAUGAUCGCCGAGCCCUACCGCGAGUACUACAAGCGGCUCGUCUACUACGACCAUGACCGCGUCGAGGAUGACGACUGCGGCACCCAGAACCUGCGCAUGCUGCACAGCACCCUCUGCGACCUGGAGAUGAUGACCGAGGGCGACGGCCACUUGUUGUGGUGCUGCUGGGGCAGGCGGCCCCGUGGGCUCAGACGGAUACCUCGGGCGCGGUGGAAGACGGUGCGCAGUGGGGACCUCGUACGUCCCCAACUUGAUCUGCAGAGACUGGGAACAGACCAUCAGUGUGUGCAUAAGCUGAUGGCGCUGGGGCCGGGGUAUCCUCUCGGUAGCCAUUCGAGGUGUUCUGCGUCUUCGGAGCGGAGUAGCGGAGGUUAAUCUGUUGCAAAUCA